AUGGUCAAAAUUGUUGGAAUGGAAGAUAUGAAGAAUCUUUUAAUGAUAAAUUCAGAUAUCUUUGAGCAACCUAUAGAAGAUUAGUAAAUAGAUGAAAGUUAUGAUUUAGAUGAGACAUCAAUAUUUAGAAUAUAGGUGGAUUGUGAUGAGCCAUAAUUCUAAUUUGAAAUAGAUAAUGAUAUAGAUUUGAAUGCAUUUUUAGUGACCAUAAAUUCCUCAAAUUAAGUGAUUAAUGAUACUUAUAAUAGUUUGGGUGGUUUUAGUUAUAAUGAUCUAUAAUUAGAACCCAAUCCAGAUAGAAUCUUUAUGCCUAUUAUUUAUGGGAAAGACGGAUAAAUUUGUGAGGACUAGUAUCUUAUUGAUGGUUUAUGGGAAAAUAAUAAAUCAAAUGGACAUGGGUAGGUAGUUUGGAAUAAUGGUAACUAUUAUAUUGGUGAGUGGAAAGACGAUUAAAGUCAUGGAAUAGGUUAAUUUUACAAUGAAGAGGAGAACAAAUUCUAUAAAGGCGAAUAAGAAUUUGAUUAAUAUAAUGGAUUAGGUAAAAUGAUUUAUAAUGAUGGUUCAAUUUAUUAUGGUCAGUGGGAAUCAAACUAAAGAUCUCGUUUCGGAGUAUUUAUUUUCCCUGAAGGUGAUUCAGAGGAAAGAUGA